UAGGAUGCGACGCAGGAAGAUCCGCAUUACGGUGCUGCCGAAGUGUUGUCAUAACACAGAAGUGGCUAACGCUAAUGUUUGCUAAGUAAUUAGCACGGCAGGUGUUAUUGUUAUUGUGUGUGCGGGUUCCAGCCUGAACCAUGGAACAGUGUGCAUGUGUGGAGCGGGAGCUGGAGAAGGUGCUCCAUCGCUUUGUAAUGUACGGCCACCAGUCUGAGGAGAGGCUAGAUGAACUCCUGCGCAGCGUCUGUGAGAUACGAGGACAGCUAGUUGCUUUUGGAGUACAAGAUGCAGAUUUAUCGGUCCUAUCACAGACUAUGGCGCAGUGUUGUAAAAAUAUCAAAGAAACAGUGCAGAUGCUAGCCUCUCGACACAAGGACAUCCACGGCAGUGUGUCUAAAGUUGGCAAAGCCAUCGACAGGAAUUUCGAUGCAGAGAUCAGUGCUGUUGUGGCAGAGACCGUGUGGGACACCCCAGAGAGACAGAAAUACCUGAGUGAAUCCAUUGUGGAACACCUUUACAGACAAGGGAUGCUUAGUGUAGCAGAAGACCUUUGUCAGGAGUCUGGUGUAGUUAUAGACAUGAGCAUGAAGCAGCCUUUCCUGGAGCUAAACAGGAUCCUUGAAGCUCUGAGGAUGCAGGACCUUAGGCCAGCACUAGAGUGGGCUGUGACGAAUCGGCAGCGUCUUCUGGACCUGAACAGCAGUUUAGAGUUCAAGUUGCACCGCUUGUACUUCAUCAGCUUGCUCAGUGGAGGAAUCAGCAACCAAAUGGAGGCCUUGCAGUAUGCCAGGCACUUCCAGCCCUUUGCUUCACAGCACCAGAGAGACAUCCAGAUUCUGAUGGGCAGCUUGGUGUACCUGCGUCAUGGCAUUGAAAACUCACCGUACCGCAGCUUGCUGGAGACAAAUCAGUGGGCUGAGAUCUGCAACAUCUUCACCCGGGACGCCUGCGCUUUGCUGGGCCUCUCUGUAGAAUCGCCACUAAGUGUUAGUUUUGCAUCUGGAUGUAUGGCCUUGCCUGUGCUGAUGAACAUCAAACAGGUGAUAGAGCAGAGACAGUGCAGUGGAGUGUGGACACACAAAGACGAGCUGCCUAUUGAAAUUGACCUCGGGAAGAAGUGCUGGUACCACUCUGUGUUCGCCUGCCCAAUUCUUCGACAGCAAACAUCAGAGAGCAAUCCUCCCAUGAAGCUCAUCUGUGGACACGUCAUCUCCAGAGAUGCUCUCAACAAACUAACCAAUGCUGGGAAGUUGAAAUGCCCAUACUGCCCCAUGGAGCAGAAUCCGUCACAUGCCAAGCAGAUCUACUUUUGAUACGCUACUCUCUCCUCAUCAAGGAUGAAGUUGCCUGGAGCUGUUUGCGUCUUCAGGACCUUUUGCUCUGACCCUUUUCCUCUGUCCCUGGCCUUCUGGCCUGUUAUGGUAAGCAUUAAGGUUUUUUCCCCCAGUGCUCCUCUGGACUGCCUUGGGCAUCCCGUCACCCACCUCGGACCCUCUAACUUUGCAUAAUAUAAGGAGUCCAGAAAGGGAUGGUCCAUUGACAAACCUGUAGUAGAGUGAGGAGUCAGUCGGUAAUGGGAACAUCCUCACGAAGCAGCACCUAUGAGAAAGGAUCAUCUAUUGGAAGUCGUUUGCAAAUACCUGCAGAGUUAUACGCUUAUCCUUUUCAAGUAUGUAAUACUUGCUAGUGUUUGCUUUCUUGGCUUUAUCAACUUAAUUUGAGUUUGAUGACUGCUUCUUUUUUUUCUUUUGUUUCUUUUCCUUUUAUUUUGUUGGACAAAAGCAGAAUGAUAAUGAAUGGGUGUAGAGUGUGGGUACAUGGUGUAGAUAAGCAGUUUCUGAUUUCAGGUUGGUAAUAAACUUCCGUUAUACAUGAAAGCAACACGCUGAGUUACAAACUAUUGAAGGUGUAUUAUUUGCUGGUGAGGGGAAACUGAAGGUCUCUCUCGAGCCGAACUCUGAUUGUGACCCAUUAGUCCUCCAUAGUGUAAUAAAGUCCUCACGUAGCUUAAAACUCACUGUCAGCUGAUGCAUCUGUUCAGAUCAGAUUAUCCACCGACGGUGGGAACGGCUUUUCUUUUGUGUAUGACCACACCAGCAAAACUUUCCUCAUUAUAGAAGCCAUUUGUCUUGUUCUAUGUAUGUAUUUAACAAAUACUGAAAAAGCAAACAAAAAAAAAAUAUAUAUAUAUCUAUAUAUACUACUGUGAAAUGUGUUUUGUUCCUGUUUUCUUUUGGGUUUUUUUAAUCACAAUCACUGCAGUGGCUUGUGUAAAAUAGUAAACAGAAGAGCAACAGGCACAUUCAACACUACUACUGCGUAACUUUGAGAGCCGACGACUCCACAGAUCACAUCACGGCUGCGCCAUCGCUUUACUGUGCCCCCUUGUCGUAUGUCCUGAGCUUGCACGCCAUGUGAUUUGGAGAUGUAAAUUGGUGUGAUGGUAGCCGCAUGGUCUGGCUUGCAGUGACUGUAGGCUUGUGGUUAAGCUUUACUUUUUGUGGAUACAGAAGCCCUCUGGUCACUGUGGCUGUUGUUUAAUAUAUAGAAAACGCCUCUGCUGCGUAGGGUUGGCUUUUAUUAGAGAUGGAGUCUGAAUAAGUGACAUUUAAAAACCCCCUACAUUUCCUCAGGGCUCAUUGUAACAGUUCAUACCACACUUUGCAUUUAGUAUUAAAGUUGUACAUUUAUAAAAGGAGUCUUGAACAAAGAUUAUACAUCUAUAGAUGCAGAUUGCUUUGAAGGUUGUGGAACCUGUGUGUGUGUGUGUGUGUGUGUGUGUGUGUGUGUGUGUGUGUGUGGAUAAACAGUCAAUUUCUGUAGUCUCACAACAUCCAAGGCAAUGUUUACCAUGUUUAGAUGUUAAUAGUGCAAGUUCCUAGUGAUGUCACCUCGCACAUUAGUGAGGCUUUUUUUUUUCUCUCUCAGCAAGCACUGCACCAGCAUUACUCAGCUUUAGGUUUGAUUUUGAAUCAGUUCGGCUUUGUGUGGAGUUUCCUCUCCGCUUUCCUCCUCUUUGGUUGACAAUCAUUCUCUGCUUCUUUGACUGUCCCUGCAGAUAGACCGCUAGUGCUUCGUACUACAUGUAUUAACUUUUUUUUUUUUUUUUUUUUUUUUAAGCUGAAUGUGUGUGUUUCCUGCUUUUGUGUUAUGCGACUUUUAUUGUAAAUAUUUAUCCUCUAACAUGUUUCAUAUACUUGCAUCUGAAAUUAAAAUAAAAAUUUAUACUCCA